GUCUGCGUCGAGACCAUCGAGGAGGGACACAUGACCAAGGAUCUGGCCAUCUGCACAAGGGACGGCCGUGCCGACCUCGUCAAGCGCACCGACUACCUGAACACGUUCGAGUUCUUGGACAAGCUGGCCGAGAACCUCUCCAAGAAGCAGAACCAU